GGAAAGCAUAAAGCAUCGUUCUGCCCGGCCUCCUCGUGUCUACCUUUUACAUCCACCAUCGAUCGCUACGAUUCUCUAUUGCAGAGUAUGGCGAUGGAGACUUCAGUGGCCUUGUGCCCUCUGGCCAAGAGCGGCAAAACCACACCUAUCACGAACGACAUGUGUAUUCGAGUCAUCUCCAUCCAUGAUAGCCCCAAUGUCGGGGUCUCUAUCAUUUGAAGCCAUAAAGAGCGUGCGGCGGUGAUAUCAUCCGCUGCCCAUUGUCAUUCGACUGUACUUUAGAAGACAACAAGACCUGCUUGGUUGUUUAAUACAUUAGCGAACUACCUUAAUCAUGGUGAGUUCCAGGUGUGGAAGUGCGGACUACUCAACUCGAUAUGCUGACGUCGGUUAGACCAUGGCGAUGCAAGAUCUUGCCCCGGAGAUCAUGGUGCACAUUUACGAAUCCCUUUCUUCUGUUUCCGACAUCAUCAGCCUAUCGCUCACAUGUCGAUACUUUCACGAGCUUCUGCCCAAGGCGCAGAAAUUGGUCCUGUUCUUUGCCGCGCUGGAUAAAGAGAUGGGCCCGUUGGACGAUAUAUUGCAGCUUUUGACGCAAAAUGACAACCAGAUGCUUCAUGUCCGCAGGACGCCGCCUCUGUCGUUCGCCUUGCUCACGCAGGCUGCUGGAGUGGGUAGAGUCGCGGCACGUUUUGUCGGGUUGUAUCCUGGGUUUCGAUGGACUGGACCGGAGAGCGUAUCUCGCCGGUUUCUGGAUGAUGUUGAGGCCCGGCGAUUACGGCGCGCAGUUUACAGGCUCUGGGGUUACACGCAGGCUUUCUAUGGGAAAUCGGCAUCCUCGAUCUCUCGUCUCGCGCGGUCCGAUACCUCUCCGGCGGGCGAACGGCUGCCUUUGCUCAGGUCUUGGUCGACUGAGGAGCUUUAUGAGUUGGAGGACCUGCGCUGUACGCUGGAGCAGUUGCUCGCAACGGAAAUCUGUCCCACCGAUGGUGACGUUUGGUGUAGACUGCCUGAAGAGGCGAGACACGUGCCGCUUUCGCUGCAGCAUACAUUUGCAAGUCAUGUGCCGACGCUGCAGGAUGUCUUUUACAAUUCCCGCGAUACGCUCGUGGUCGAUCGGACAAAACCUUCGGUGCAGGAGCUGCGGUUCAAGCACAUGCAGGGGUGGGGGAGCGAUCUGCAAAACUUCUACGUUAUACAGUCUUUCCUCAAGUUCUCGCCAGCUCAGAUUCUCUGGCUGUACGACAAUGCCGUGUCGAAGGCCGAUGUGGAGAAGUUUAUUCAGUCGCAAACAUACGACCCGUGCUUCUUGGAGUCUGGGUCCAUGCUGUUUGCAGAUUGGGUGACGGUCCUGCUCGCGCGAGGCGUCGACGUACAGCAUGCGAGAGAGGCGGUCUGGGAUGGAGAGGCCGGCAUUGUACUAGAUGGGUAGCAGACGCAACGGGCUUCUGAAAAGUAGGCGGAUCUGCGCGUGCUUCAACGACUUUAAUACCAUAUCGGACG